CCACAGCUGUUGGUGCCCUUGGGCUGCAGGACGGAGGGGCCGGCAGCAUAAAGCCCCACAGCCAGUGGAGCUGCCGGCAGCACCGGGAGCCAGGACUGGGCACUCCCUACCUGUGGUGGCAACGAGAAAAGGAUACAUCUUGCACGGGACUGUGCACUGUGGGCAGACAUGGAGCUGGAUGUGGAACGGGCCAAGGAGCUCAUCGAGCAGAAGCUGGCAGAGGAGGAGGAAGAGGUGCAGAGACUCAAAGGGAAUGGCGCACGGGAGCCACCGACUGUGGAGCGGAUGAACACACCCGAGCUGGAGGAGGAGAAGCACCAUGGUCCCAGGAACUGGGGCCUCGAGGCCAUCAAGGGCCAGGAGAGGGUGCGGAGGAGUUCAGUGGAUCUGCGGCGAGAGAUCAUCGAUGUGGGGAGCAUCCAACGACUCAUCGAGCUCCGCAAGCAGCGUCGGCAGCGCCAGGCAGAGCGGGCGGCCACCCCUGAGCCCUUCCAGCCACCUGAGCCCUUGGAGAUUGUGGGUCCUGUGGAGCCAGAGACCUUCCUGCGAGCCGCCGUUCAGGGCAAGAUGCACAUCAUCGAGAAGUUCCUGGCAGACGGUGGCCCCGCCGACACGUGUGAUGAGUUCCACCGCACAGCCCUGCACCGCUCCUCGCUGGAGGGACACAUGGAUAUCCUGCAGAAGCUGCUGGACAGUGGGGCCACGGUUGACUUCAGGGACCGGCUGGACUGCACUGCCGUGCACUGGGCCUGCCGGGGUGGACACCUGGAUGCUGUCAAGCUGCUGCAGGACCAUGGGGCAGACCUCAAUGUGAAGGACAAGCUGCUCAGCACACCCCUCCAUGUGGCCACCCGGACCGGACACCUUGACAUCGUGGAGCACCUCAUCCACUGCGGGGUGGAUAUCAAUGCCCCAGACAGGGAAGGGGACACUGCGCUGCAUGAUGCUACACGGCUCAGUCGCUACAAGAUCAUCAAAAAGCUGAUCCUGCAUGGGGCUGACAUGAUGGCCAAGAACGAGGCUGGCAAGACCCCGACGGACCUGGUGCAGCAGUGGCAGCUGGACACGCGCCAGGCACUGGAGACCAAGGAGCAGCCACAGGGGGAGAUGGAGGUCCCCGCAUGAUGGCGCCAGGAAGGGACGAGGGAUCAGGCUUGGCUCCAGGGAUGAGACUUGUCUGUGUCAAUAAAAGUCAUCGAAGAGCAGCA